CCGGCCACCGCUCCGCGGCUUCCCCAGCCGCGGGCACCCGGCGGCGUUUCCCGGCGGCCGGGGGCGCCCGGUGCUCCCGCUGCAGCAGGGCACGGGCUGGCUUGGAGAGUCAGGGAAGAGGAGGAGGAGGAAGAGGCAGCGGCCGCCGAGUGUCCCUUGCUCCAGCUAAAUUUGUGCUGCCGUGUCCAGGUGCUGGUGUCGCAGACGGACACGGAGCCCCCAGCCCGGCCCGCAGCCGCCUUGUCAUGCUGCCCAAAGUGGAGACGGAAGCCCUGGGACUGGCCCGGUCGAAUGGGGAACAGGGGCAGAUGCCGGAAAACAUGCAAGUGUCUCAGUUUAAAAUGGUGAAUUACUCUUAUGAUGAAGACCUUGAGGAACUGUGUCCAGUUUGUGGAGACAAAGUGUCUGGGUACCAUUAUGGACUUCUCACCUGUGAAAGCUGCAAGGGAUUCUUUAAGCGAACAGUCCAGAAUAACAAAAGGUACACAUGUAUAGAAAAUCAGAAUUGCCAGAUUGACAAAACACAGAGAAAAAGAUGUCCUUACUGUCGAUUUCAAAAAUGUCUAAGUGUUGGAAUGAAAUUAGAAGCUGUGCGAGCUGACCGAAUGCGUGGGGGUCGAAACAAGUUUGGACCAAUGUACAAGAGAGACCGGGCAUUGAAGCAGCAGAAGAAAGCCCUUAUCCGAGCAAAUGGACUUAAACUAGAAGCCAUGACUCAGGUGAUCCAAGCAAUGCCCACUGACCUGACAAUAUCCUCUGCAAUUCAGAACAUCCAUUCUGCCUCCAAAGGCCUACCUCUGAACCAUACUGCCUUGCCUCCUACAGACUAUGACAGAAGUCCAUUUGUAACCUCUCCAAUUAGCAUGACAAUGCCACCCCACGGCAGCUUGCAAGGUUACCAAACCUAUGGCCACUUUCCAAGCCGUGCUAUCAAAUCCGAGUACCCUGACCCUUACACUAGCUCGCCAGAGUCGAUAAUGGGCUACUCAUACAUGGAUAGUUAUCAAACAAGCUCACCAGCAAGUAUUCCACAUCUGAUAUUGGAACUCUUGAAAUGUGAGCCUGAUGAGCCACAAGUCCAAGCUAAGAUCAUGGCCUACCUGCAGCAAGAGCAAGCCAACAGAAGCAAGCACGAGAAGCUGAACACAUUUGGGCUUAUGUGCAAAAUGGCUGACCAAACCCUCUUCUCCAUUGUUGAGUGGGCUAGGAGUAGCAUCUUUUUUAGAGAACUUAAGGUUGAUGACCAAAUGAAGUUGCUUCAGAACUGCUGGAGCGAACUCUUAAUUCUAGAUCACAUUUACCGGCAAGUGGUACAUGGAAAAGAAGGCUCUAUCCUUCUGGUUACCGGGCAACAAGUGGAUUAUUCAGUAAUAGCAUCUCAAGCUGGAGCCACCCUCAACAAUCUUAUGAGCCAUGCACAAGAACUAGUAGCAAAGCUUCGUUCCCUGCAGUUCGAUCUGCGAGAAUUUGUAUGUCUCAAAUUCUUGGUGCUGUUUAGUUUAGAUGUCAAAAAUCUUGAGAACUUCCAGCUUGUGGAAGGUGUUCAGGAACAAGUGAACGCUGCUCUGCUGGACUACACAAUGUGUAAUUACCCCCAGCAAACAGACAAAUUUGGGCAGCUUCUCCUGCGACUACCAGAAAUCCGGGCCAUCAGUAUGCAGGCUGAAGAAUACCUCUACUACAAACACCUGAACGGGGAUGUUCCGUGUAAUAACCUUCUCAUUGAGAUGCUGCAUGCGAAGAGAGCAUAAAUUAUACCCAUUAGAGCUUCUGCUUUCAAGGAAAAAAAAUAUACUCUGAACUGCUCCGAGCAACACUAAUUAAAAUGUGGUUUUAAGACUUUGCAAAAUGGUAUAAUAAUCAAAUACUAAUAGUAAAUAAGUGAUGUAUCAGGGUAUUUGUAUUGCAAACUGUGAAUCAUAUGCUACACAUCCCCAAAGGAAUCUAUAUAGGACUUUAUACCGGCGUGAAGUGAACUUACCGAGUGGAUACUAUCACCAAUGUCGACGUGAAAAAGGACAGAAUGAAUAUUGUAUAUUUAACUCUGCUGAUUGUCAAUAUGAAGAAAUUUAGGAAAAAACUGAUCCGUAUUAUUGAGCUAAGAUAGUGGGGAAUUUGAGUGCACUAAAUUCCUUCGUUGUACAGCAGGACUUCUAAAACAGUUCCAGGAGAUGCAAAUCUGCAUCUCCAGCAUCCUCUGCCAUCCUCCCAAGGACCCAACGCUUACUUCUUUGGUGAAAAACGAUGUGGCAGCCGGUCAACUGUCUGUAAGAGAGCUGGAGCAGGCCACACGCUAUCUAGUAUCGCCACCAACCCGGACGAGGCUGGGUUUGAAUGUCUGUCUCUCAGGCCUGCGAAUAGGUAAUAUGAAGAGUCUGUUAACAAGCUAGCUUGGCAUUCUUACUAUGUUCGGAAGUUUGUUUUGUCACGUGUUCAUGUUGUUCCGUCAGGCAGCAUCCCUCUUCUGCUACUAAGUAUGGAAGAUAAGUACUGCAAAAAAAAAAAAUCGUCAAUUCAACCGUAUGCUCAGCAAGUGCAGUGGCUAAAAUACAGCCCUGGUAUAUCUUCAUGGCUGUCUCCAAGAAAUAAAAAAUAAAAUAAAAUAAAAUAACAUGCUUUAGCCGUCAGAAAGCUUCUGUCACAAAAAAAAAAAAAAAAAAAAAAAAAUCUUUUCUAGAGGUACAAAUUCCAAUAUCAAAAAAAAAAAUAGUUUAGCUAUGCAAGAAGAGACAAAUCAAUUGUAUGAGCUGAUGAUAGAGGCAGCUUAUUAAGAUCUUUAAAUUGCCAAUAAUGAAGAAAAUAAAUGCCCAUUCAAAAGUCCAAUGUAUAAAGAAACAUUCUUUUUUAAGUUAGGCAAUACAGAUCUUUUACACAAAAAAGAAGAGUGAUACUGCCAUGACUAUAUAGGCCAAAGUCUGCUGCAGAACAAAUAUUGGAGAAGAACAAACAAUUCUCUCUCUGUCCAAAUGAAGAUAUCAGUAUUAUAACAUGUAGUGCCACAGUUCUAAAAGUCUUGCCUUAUUUCAUUAUCUUAAAGGUAACUGUGUAGGUGUGGAUCAACAUACAUUUAAAAUAAAGUAUUAAUCUCUAACAAUAAAGAAAACACAGUGUUUACAUUCUUUAGGUCCUGUGGGGAAAAACUGUGAUAAAAUUGCAAAGCAGUGAUUUCCUUAAUAUUGCUUUCAAAUUGGUAAUUAUUUUACCAGUCCUUAAUUACUGUAUGUCGUGAGACACUAAAAUCAAAUGGGGGAUUUCAGUUUGACUUUAAUUUUUGAGAUUAUCGGCUGCACAAUCACUUGUAGAAACUGUAUAAAAUCCUAAUCCUUUAAUUUUUUUCAUGAAGAUUGCUGGCUUUUGAAUAGUUUAUUUAUAUUGUAUAUGAUAGUUUCCACUGUAGACAAUUAUGAUGCUAAUUUAUUGUUCUUUGGUUUCAUCUUUAUAUAAGAUAUAGCCAGAAUGAAGAAGCCAAAUAUAUGUGUUUACUGUAGCAUGUCUUCAAGUUAGUGGAACAUAGUUCAGGGACACACAAGGGUCUUUACCAUUGAAAUCAUUCGCUUGAUUAAAUGUCUGUAAAUCUUUAUAAUCCUAAAUGUAGUUUAUUUAAAUCUAUUGUAAAUUAUGUGAGUUGUAGCUUUUUCUGUUUCAUGUGAAUUUGCAAAAGCGCAUUCUCUUCAUUUUUUUCCCAACCAUUCAUACAUCGUAUACCAAAGACAUGAGUUACUAGCGUCUGCAUUAGUACAAAACACGUUAUUUUAAUCGCCGGUAUUAAUCAGCUCCGAUAUUCCACCCAGGCGCAGGGUACCCACGCAGCAGAGCCCGGUGCUCACACCGCAGAGGGCCCUCGCGGUCCUCCUGGCCCACUGCAGCCUGCACACCGGCCUCCAAACACCGCGGUCAUUCUUUCCUUUUCUAGAAGGAAAAAAAAAAUGUAUUUCCAGGGUUCAUGUUCUGCAUUUCCUCUUAUUUCUAUUGAAAUGCUACAGUGAAGCUCACUGAAUAUCACAGAAUAAAAGCUAAGUAAAACACCUUGCUAACUGAAUUCACAGCACCGUUAUCUAUAUACAGGACAGAAGUAAAAUAAGGAUGUAAAAGAAACACAAAAUUUUCCAUGCAGCUCAAUGGAAACAGUUUCAGAUAAACUAACACACAUUUGCCCAUAUCCGGGGUUCCAAGAAUUCCACCAGAUUGCCCAAAGUUUGCGGGGGGGGAGGGGGAAAAAAAAAACUCAUGUUAAUUGUUAACUACUUUGUAACCAGACAUUGACUUACGGCUGCCUUAUUGAUUGCAGGACGUAUUAGUAAAAGCAGACUAAAACACAAAGGUUUUGGCUUUGGCUGGUUUAUUAUAGAUGUUCCAUGUUUGUAAACAGACACUCUGUAAUGUCUGACUAUUUGUAUUCCAGAUGUUCUGCAGCUGCCUUGGAUUUAAAUCCAUGCGACUUUUAGAGUGUGCAGUGAGUUGCUUGGUGACGUUGAAGUUCUCUUACUGUAUCGGUGAAAUACAUAUUGUCAUGUCAGUUCUUGCCAGGAGUUUCUCAUCACCAAUG